AUGGCAGAUCCUUCAGAGCGCAAGAGCGGAGAGGUGGUGGAGGAGGAGAUCUCGAGACCUGGUUCUACGAAUGAGGCUUUUAGAAAGCUUUGGACCAAACGAACCCUUGGUUUUGCCAUUGGAUGUAUUCUUGUCAUGUUCUUCUUUAUGAACUUGACGGUCUACACGGGCAAUGUCUACGAGCCGUAUGCGACGAGUCACUUCAAGGCGCAUUCUCUUCUCGCGACUGGUGCCAUUGUCAACGGUCUCGUGCGCAUCGUGUCGUAUCCACUGCUCGCUAAGCUUGCCAACUAUUUCGGGCGCCCUCAGAGCUUUGCUGGUGCAGCUAUCUGCAUGGCCAUCGGCAACGCCAUGUACGCAGGCUGUUCCAACGUCGACACCUUUUUGGCAGGUGGAAUAUUCGACGUCUUCGGUGAUACGUGGUGGAACAUUAUCCAGCAGAUCUUCGUCGCCGACAUUACAACGCUCGUCAACCGCGGUAUUAUCUUCACCCUUCCCGAAUCCCUCUCCGCUAUCCCGACCCUCUACGGCGGAACAUAUCUCGGUGAACAUAUGCUCCUGCACUCGAGCUGGAGAUGGGGCUACGGCAUGUGGGCUAUCAUUCUGCCCGUCACUGCUAUUCCCACUAUUGGAAUCAUGAUCUGGAUGAAUCGUCGGGCCAAGCGCAUCGGUCUGAUCACCGAGAAGAUUUCGUUCAUGCACGGGGCUGAGCCUGGUGUGUUUGGCAAGGUUAAGCAUGUUGCUACGCAGCUUGAUCUCAUUGGCGCUCUUCUCCUCAUUGGUGGUCUUGCUAUGACGUUGCUGCCAAUGACGAUUGCUGGACGGAAUAAUACCGAUCGAUGGAGUCGACCUUCGUCUAUCGUUCUCAUCAUCGUUGGUGUUUUGACCUUUAUCGCGUUCCUCGUCUGGGAUGGGAGAUUCGCGUCAAAUCCGAUUAUUCCUUACCGAACUAUUCGCGAACGCAACGUCAUUGUCGCCUGCGCAUCGUGUAUCGUCAUCGCCAUGGCUGAUAGCAUCUACCGACCUUUCCUAUCCAGCUUCUUGCAAGUCGCAGGCCAUUACUCACCCGGCGCCGCAACACGAGUCGACAAUGCCCAGCGCGUGGCGUACAACAUUGGUGCACUAGUCGCUGGCCUCUCACUCAAGUUCGCCAAGAACACAAAGCCAUUCAUCAUGCUCGGCGUUGUCCUCAUCAUCCUGGCCUGCGGUCUUCCCAUCUACCUUACCAACAUCUCCGGCACCCACAUCGCCAGCGAAGCCGCCUUCAUCACCUCCAAGUCUCUUCUCGGAGUCGGCCGUGGUUUCACCCAGGUCCCCCUGCAAGUCUCACUGCAAGCUGUCCUAGAAAACGAGCAAGUCGGCAUCGCAACAGCCGUCUUCCUCUCAUCCCUUGGCUUCGGCUCCAACCUCGGCGUCACAAUCAGCGGCGCCAUCUGGAACUCUGUCCUUCCCCGAAAACUCAACGCCUACUUUGGUAAAGAGGAAGGCGGCAAGAUCUUUGGCUCUAUCGUUGUUGCGCGUGCGUACGAGGCUGGAACUGCUGAUAGGAACGCCGUGGAUGAGUGCUAUCGUGAGACUCAACAGACUCUCGCUAUUGGAUCUGUCUGCGUGUCGGGUCUUCUCUUAGUUAUGGUUUAUUUGGUUCGUAACGUUAAGCUUGGAGCCGAGGAUGAGAAGCGGGCAGCGCAGGCUGAUAAGGAGCUUGCCUGGGCCAUCAAGCAAAAGGAGGCCCAGGAAGAUGCUCCCAUCGAGCUUGAGAGUGGUAGGCGUUAA